GGACAAAGAGAGAGAGAGAGAGAGAGAAGUGAACUUUUGAAUAUGUUUCAUAAACUAAAAUGUAACAAAAGGACCUGGUCUGGAGUAAUUACCCCAGUCGAUGCUAAAAAUCAAGUUAGCUGGUGAAAUAAUGAAACUGCCUGUUGAAUUUUGAGAUGCACCAGUCAGUAAGGUCAGCAGACAACAAAAUGAGUUUUCUGACCUGCCAUUUCCUUACAAUCAAAUGAAUGCACAGACAUGCUGUCGUACAACUCUGCUGCUAUGACAUCAGUGCAGGCCUGACGGACAUGUAAACCAUUUAUUAUUAGCCCUGCUGGGUCUAAACCCAGGGUUUAAAAUGAAUAAUUUCCCAAUGGGAACAGAAGCCAGCAGUGCCAUUAUGAGUCUCCUGAACUACAUAAACAAGGUCAACAAGGGAGGAAAAAGGCAACCCUAAUACCCAUUUGUCACAGGAUUACAGAGCAGUAAGCAAGUAAGUUGCAUUACAUUACACAGUGACUCAUUUUGUUAUUUUCAUUUGCACUGACUACUAAAAGCAUAUUGAAACAGGCAGCAUUGUUGCAUACAUUCCAGUCAGUGAGGAGAAACUCUACCAGGAAAUAAAAACAGUGGUCUUAAAAAACAUCCAGAUCCCACGGCCCUUCGAUUUAUCCUUAUCCUUUUAUCCUAUCCUUUUCUAUCGUGUAGAAUUUUUCAAUACUAGUGCCAAUGAGGUACCUGAAUUUAGGUACCAACAACACCUAAACAGUGCUUCUUCUGGAUACCCCACUUUGAGGAAUAUAAAACAAAAUUCCUUUUAACAAAUGCAAAAUUUUGUCUAAACACAAGCAGCUGAAUGAGAACUUUACCUGAAUAAGAUACAGACUACAACUACAGACAGAAACUGUCAGAAAAUAAGAUGAAAUGAGUACGAAUCUGAACGCCAGAUCUUGGUACUUAACAGUCGAUACUCAGUGUUUCAUACUCAACACAUUUCAGUCAGUACCAAAAAAGUAGGUUUGAUACCAAGCCCUAAUCAAGACAGCAGGACAUCAUCUCACACCUCAACACAGGUACUUUCUAAAGUGGAUCUCGAGAAAAGAUAAGACCAAUCCCAAAAAGGAAAAGGUGUUUAAAACAUGAGAAAGUAAAAGAAGGAAAGAGAAACACUUAUGAAUGAAGUGGAGAGGCAGGAUUUAAAACCAGACAGAAUAGAGUGAGAGACAGAGAACAGAGAGCAAAGCGGGGUCAACUGUAUGUGGUGGAAAAAGUUACCAACACAGUGCUAUCAAAGAUACACACACAUUGCUACACAGCAAGACAUGCACAAAAAUACGUACAAGCACACUUGGUUAGAAAUGAGGUUGGACAAGCCACUGAGGUCAAUAUAGCUGAGGGGAACAGACAGAGAGGGAGAGGCAAAGACAUAUACGUACACACGUACACACGAACACACACACACACACACACACACACGCACACACACACACACACACACGCACACACACACACACACACACACACACACACACACACACACACACACACACACACACACACACACACACACACACACACACACAGAGUUCAGUUGAGCCUGGGAAAAUCAGCCCAGUACCAAAUAAGUAACUGCAGUGGGAGACUGUCUGGUGGAGCCAGAGCCACUUAGUGCUCACUGGGGAAGAGACUGUUUGACAGAGACAGAGAGCAACGCAGUCAAAGUCAGAGAGAUGGAAAAUUGAGAAAAAAUGAGUAAGACGGAUAUAAAAUAGGAAGAAGUGAGGUGUGUUAGAGAGAAGAUUAUCAACAAGUCCAUCAGCAGGGAAAGAUAUAGUUCUGAGAGCUCCUUAGCUGUCAGGUUGGGAAUGAAUGAAAAAAUGUUGAACUGAAGUGUCCCCUCAAAAAGAGAAAGUCAAGAGAAGAAAAGGAAGAGGACAAAAUAGAAACUGUUUAAUAGAGAAGAUUUAUCACAAAUGUUUUUAGCUGCCCUGACCUUCCAAAAGUAUAAACCUCCACAAAAUAGAAAACCCCUCAGAGAGAGAGAGAGAGAGAGAGAGAGAGAGAGAGAGAGAGAGAGAGAGAGCAAGAGAGAGUCAGAGAGGGAGAGAAAGAGUGGGAAGAGGACUACAACCAGUAGCACCAACAAAUAAGUGGCUGUUGCCACAAGGUUAAGCUUUCAGGGUGAAUGAGAGAAAGGGGUUCCAGGCAACAACAGUGGAGACAGAGAGAGAGAGAGGGAGGAAGAAAGACAGACGGACAUCUCCACUGAACGGUCACAUGGGCAGAUAACUACAACAGAAGAUGACCAAAUUGUGAGACCACUAUUAGGACGGGUCACUAACUGAGAAAUGUCAAUUCUGAAUAUGACGACAUCCAUUUACAGUUUGAACAAGGAGUAUUGGAAACUUCGGCAAUAAUCAUUAGUGAGGUUUGUAAGCGGUCCAGGACUAAAGCUGUGUGGUCUUUUCAAACCCUCUGUGACUACGACAAACCAGCCUAACAGCGAACACUGGUGCACGUGUGGUGUCUACUGUAGACCUACUGUAACUCUUUGACGGGACUCCAGUGGGACUUGGAUGCAUAAAAAGACAUUUUUAAUUUUAUUAGGACUUCAACCUGUCAUUGUCUGUUCUAACUACUCUGUUGGGACUUUGCUUUUAAAAUACAACAUCUUUAGUUGUAACUGAUUUAUACGUUUUCGGUCGACAUGCACAGCAACAUCGCAUUUUCCAGGUUUAAAUUUUGACAUUACAGUAACUGUGCUUGACGGUAACCUUAACUGCACUACUGGGACUACUCAAAGAAUACUUUUUAUGUUUGGUUUAGCUUUCGUAUAGUUAGAAAUUCAGACAUAUUUGUAAGCAGCACUGUUGUCCAAGAUGGAUUAGGUGUGCUUUUGCUGCAGUAAGUGAUCAGAUUUGUGGGGAGAGCUCAGUGCAUCAGUCAUGAGUAACAGUGUUGAUAUCAUUUUAGUUUACUGGAGGUCUGUCAGGGUUAGGUGUUCUUACAGUAACACGCAUCUAUGCUUGGAAUUAUUGUUGUCUGAGAAGAACCAUCACUUCCUUUGUUUGUAGGAAUGGAAUUUAUGACAUUGGAGGAGUAAAUUUUGAGAUUUACAGCUACCAAAACUCUUAUCUAAGAAGAUAUUACUACUAGGGUUUCACCUUUACAGCUUCCCCCUGAGGCUUAACUACAGGUACGUUCAAAUUGCUUUUUUACUACUGAAGCCCAGUUCUAAGGAGGAUUUGCCACAACUGUUGUGACAGCUGUAUGUGCACUACCAGACUUGACUAAAGGGACAUUUACACAGUGCUGCCCAUUACAGUAGUGCACCAUCGGUGCAUCCUUCGCACCUGAAGAAGAAAAAUCUUCUGAGAGGAAGUGUCACAUUAACUUGGGCAUUACCUUCAUUGAACUUUUGACCAGAUAAGGAAUUACUAGAGCUGCAAUUCAAGUGUAGUCUGAGCAACUUUAAGUUCUAGAGAGACUCAAAGAGGCAAUUACUAACAGACUGUGAGACUACUGAGAGACCAACGGAGCCAUGCUGAGAGGCCUAUUUCAGAGGAAACCUAAACAUGAGAGACUGGAGGAGGAACCUGAGGUCAGAUUUAAAGGCUUGCUGGUGUCAGAGAGAGACCUGGGAUAUACAUACGUCCGACCUGGAGGCUCCGACUACUCUCCCCCUCCUUCCCUUCCUCGCCCUCCACCCCCCGGCCUGACCAAUGAGCACAGUGGCGGGGGAAGCCAUGGCGACCAUGGUGGAGGAGGGGGCGGGGUUAACCACGGGGUGGGCGUGGUGGGCCUGGCCCCGGAGCACAUCCCCACACCGGGCGCGGCCCUGAGCUGGCAAGCGGCCAUCGACGCUGCGCGGCAGGCGAAGAUGAUGGGCAGUGUCGUAUCGAGCGGAGGGGCGGGGCUUGGGUCGGGAGGGGGCGGGCCCAUCUCCACGGCCAGCUCCACGCAAAGGAAGAGACAACACUAUAGCUCUAAACCCAAGAAACAGACAACGACAACAGCCACAAGGCCGCCACGGGCCCUACUCUGUCUCACGCUCAAGAACCCCAUCCGCAGGGCCUGCAUCAGCAUUGUAGAGUGGAAACCAUUUGAGAUCAUCAUCCUGAUGACCAUUUUCGCCAAUUGUGUGGCCUUAGCCGUCUACAUCCCCUUCCCUGAGGAUGACUCAAACGCCACCAACUCCAACCUGGAGCGUGUGGAGUAUCUGUUCCUCAUCAUUUUCACAGUGGAAGCAUUCCUUAAGGUAAUAGCCUACGGCCUGCUCUUCCACCCCAAUGCCUACCUGAGGAACGGCUGGAAUCUGCUCGACUUCAUCAUCGUAGUCGUAGGGUUAUUCAGUGCGAUCUUGGAGCAGGCCACCAAGGGGGACGGCGGCACUCCUAUUGGAGGAAAGGCAGCAGGCUUCGAUGUCAAGGCUCUGAGGGCAUUCAGAGUACUCAGACCCCUCAGACUGGUCUCGGGAGUACCCAGUUUACAGGUAGUGUUGAACUCCAUAAUCAAAGCCAUGGUUCCUCUGCUCCAUAUCGCCCUGCUGGUCCUCUUCGUCAUCAUCAUCUAUGCCAUCAUCGGCCUGGAGCUCUUCAUGGGCAAGAUGCACAAGACUUGCGUUUCCGAGAAUACAGUCACAGGCACCAUUCCGGAGGAAAAACCAGCACCGUGUGCACCAGACGGAGCUUACGGUCGACACUGUAACCGUAACGGAACAGUGUGCAAAAUGGGAUGGGAGGGCCCAAAUGACGGCAUCACCAACUUUGACAACUUUGCCUUUGCCAUGUUGACGGUGUUCCAGUGUAUAACCAUGGAGGGCUGGACGGAUGUGCUGUACUGGAUGCAGGAUGCUAUGGGCUAUGAGCUGCCAUGGGUCUAUUUUGUCUCUCUCGUCAUCUUCGGCUCCUUUUUCGUUCUCAAUCUCGUUCUGGGGGUGUUGAGCGGAGAGUUCUCCAAAGAGAGGGAGAAGGCCAAGGCACGUGGUGACUUCCAGAAACUCAGAGAAAAACAGCAACUGGAGGAGGACCUCAAGGGCUAUUUAGACUGGAUCACUCAGGCUGAAGACAUUGACCCAGAGAAUGAAGAGGAGGGCAUGGACGAUGACAAACCCAGAAACCGAGUGUCUCCAGCCCACCUGGGUAAGAAGACCAGUAAGCUUGCCUGGUUCAGUCACUCUGCUGACUCUCAGGACGGUAAGAGUCAUCGUUUUCAGUCUCUGCGUGGAGCCGUGAAGAAAAAUGCGGCUUUCCUUCGUAAGGCGUUGAGCAUGCCAGCCAGUGAGAAUGAAUCAGUCAACACAGACAACGCCCCCGGGGGAGACGUGGAGGGGGAGACCUGCUGUACCCGGUUAGCAAAUAGGAUCUCCAAAUCCAAGUUCAGUCGAUACUCUCGGAGGUGGAACAGGCUGUGUAGGAGAAAGUGCCGGGCAGCGGUCAAAUCACAGGUUUUCUAUUGGUUGGUCAUCUUCCUGGUUUUCCUCAACACUCUGACCAUCGCCUCUGAACAUCAUCAGCAGCCUCAGUGGUUAACUGAUGUGCAAGACAUAGCCAACAAAGUGUUGCUAGCACUCUUCACUGGUGAGAUGCUGUUGAAGAUGUACAGUCUGGGUCUACAGGCGUACUUUGUUUCGCUCUUCAAUCGCUUCGACAGCUUCGUAGUAUGUGGAGGAAUUCUUGAGACCAUUCUGGUGGAAACCAAGAUCAUGUCUCCUCUCGGGAUCUCUGUGUUACGUUGUGUACGCUUGCUGCGAAUCUUCAAAAUAACCAGAUACUGGAACUCCCUGUCCAACCUGGUGGCCUCCCUGCUAAACUCUGUUCGCUCCAUCGCUUCCCUGUUGCUCCUGCUCUUCCUCUUCAUCAUCAUCUUCUCCCUGCUUGGCAUGCAGCUCUUUGGGGGGAAAUUCAACUUUGACGAUACCCGACGCAGCACCUUUGACAACUUUCCCCAGUCUCUGCUCACUGUGUUUCAGAUCCUUACAGGAGAGGACUGGAACUCUGUGAUGUAUGAUGGUAUCAUGGCGUACGGUGGACCGUCCUUCCCCGGCAUGCUGGUUUGCAUCUACUUCAUCAUCCUAUUCAUCUGCGGAAACUAUAUCCUACUGAAUGUCUUCUUGGCCAUCGCUGUAGACAAUCUGGCAGAUGCUGAGAGCCUUACAUCCGCCCAGAAAGAAGAGGAAGAGGAGAAGGAGAGGAAAAAACUGGCCAGGUUGGCCAGUCCAGAGAAGCGUCAUAACAACGAGAAGCCGCCUCUGGAGGAGGAGAAGAAGGAGAAGAUAGAGCUGAAGUCCAUCACUUCUGAUGGAGAGACCAACACUGCUACUAAGAUUAACAUGGAUGAGUACUGUGGAGACGAGAGUGAAGAGAAGAACCCAUAUCCUGCCAAUGAUUACAUAGGAGUCGAUGAUGACGAUGAGCCAGAGAUGCCAGUGGGCCCGAGGCCGCGGCCACUCUCCGACAUUCAGCUGAAGGAAAAAGCCAUUCCCAUGCCCGAGGCCCGCGCUUUCUUCAUCUUCAGCCACACCAACAAAUUCAGGGUUCUGUGCCAUAAGAUCGUCAACCACAACAUCUUCACCAACCUCAUCCUCUUCUUCAUCCUGCUCAGCAGCAUCAGUCUGGCAGCCGAGGACCCGGUCAAGAAUGACUCCUUCAGAAACCAGAUCCUGGGCUAUGCAGACCAUGUCUUUACUGGACUCUUCACGAUAGAGAUCAUUCUUAAGAUGACAGCCUAUGGAGCCUUCGUCCAUAAAGGUUCAUUCUGUAGAAACUAUUUCAAUAUCCUGGACCUGGUGGUGGUCAGUGUGUCCCUCAUCUCCUCUGGAAUACAGUCCAGUGCAAUUAAUGUGGUGAAGAUCCUGAGAGUCCUACGAGUGCUCAGACCACUGAGGGCCAUUAACAGAGCCAAGGGACUAAAGCACGUAGUGCAGUGCGUGUUUGUGGCCAUCAGGACCAUCGGCAACAUUGUCAUCGUCACCACGUUGCUCCAGUUCAUGUUCGCCUGUAUUGGAGUACAACUCUUUAAGGGCAAGUUCUUCUUAUGUACCGACAGCUCUAAACAAACUCAGGCAGAUUGCAGGGGUUCCUACAUUAUGUAUAAGAACGGUGAUGUGGGGAAGCCUAAGAGAGCCCAGAGACUGUGGGAGAACAGUGACUUUAACUUUGACGAUGUCCUGCAAGGCAUGAUGGCUCUGUUUGCUGUGUCUACCUUUGAGGGCUGGCCAGGGUUACUGUACCGAGCCAUAGACUCUCACGCUGAGGACGUCGGGCCCAUCUACAACUACCGCGUGGUCAUCUCCAUCUUCUUCAUCAUCUACAUCAUCAUCAUUGCCUUCUUCAUGAUGAACAUCUUCGUCGGUUUCGUCAUCGUCACAUUCCAGGAGCAAGGAGAGCAAGAAUAUAAGAACUGUGAGCUGGACAAGAACCAGCGUCAGUGUGUGGAGUAUGCUUUGAAGGCACGGCCGUUGCGUCGCUACAUCCCCAAGAACCCCUACCAGUACAAGGUGUGGUAUGUGGUGAACUCCACCUACUUUGAGUACCUGAUGUUCACACUCAUCCUUCUCAACACCAUCUGUCUGGCCAUGCAGCAUCAUGGACAGACCAAAAAUUUCAAUGAUGCCAUGAACAUCCUCAACAUGCUCUUCACUGGACUCUUCACUGUGGAGAUGAUCCUUAAACUGAUCGCCUUCAAACCAAGGCAUUAUUUUGUUGAUGCAUGGAACACAUUUGAUGCCUUGAUAGUUGUGGGUAGCAUUGUUGACAUAGCGAUCACUGAGGUUAACCCAGCUGACUCCUCCUCGUCCUCGUCCUCCUCCUCUUCGUCCUCCUCCUCCUCUUCCUCCUCUCACCCCCCUGCGGUAAGGCCAAUGGUACGCUCUGACGGUAACCUCGUCCGCCUCCCUACCUCCUCCACCAUCCCUCCAUCCUUCCAUCCUUCCAUCCCUCCUCCUGCUACACCAACCAUGGGACUGCAGAACUCUGAAGAGAACGCCAGGAUCUCCAUCACCUUCUUCCGGCUGUUCCGCGUGAUGAGGCUGGUGAAGCUGCUGUCUCGCGGGGAAGGGAUUCGGACCCUGCUGUGGACCUUCAUCAAAUCCUUCCAAGCACUGCCCUACGUAGCUCUGCUUAUAGUGAUGCUAUUCUUCAUAUACGCUGUCAUCGGUAUGCAGAUGUUUGGUAAGAUAGCGCUGCGGGACAACACAGAGAUCAACAGGAACAACAAUUUCCAGACGUUCCCUCAGGCAGUGCUGCUGCUCUUCAGAUGUGCAACAGGUGAAGCAUGGCAGGAGAUCAUGCUGGCGUGCUCGCCCAAUCAGCUGUGUGAGAAAGGCUCGACCAAUGAGAACAACAUGUCCAACGAGGACUGUGGCAGCCAGUUUGCCAUCAUUUACUUUGUCAGCUUCUACAUGCUUUGUGCCUUUCUGAUCAUCAACCUGUUUGUGGCCGUCAUCAUGGACAACUUUGACUACCUGACACGUGAUUGGUCAAUCCUGGGGCCACAUCAUCUUGAUGAAUUCAAGAGGAUCUGGGCUGAAUAUGACCCUGAAGCUAAGGGGAGGAUAAAGCACCUGGAUGUGGUGACUCUGCUGCGAAGAAUCCAGCCUCCUCUCGGCUUUGGAAAGCUCUGUCCACACAGGGUGGCCUGCAAGCGUCUGGUGUCAAUGAACAUGCCUCUGAACAGCGAUGGAACAGUGAUGUUCAACGCCACACUGUUUGCCCUGGUCAGAACCGCACUCAGGAUCAAGACAGAAGGUAACCUGGAGCAGGCCAAUGAGGAACUUAGAGCAAUAGUGAAGAAAAUCUGGAAGAGAACCAGCAUGAAGCUCUUGGAUCAAGUAGUGCCCCCUGCUGGUGAUGAUGAGGUGACAGUCGGGAAGUUCUACGCUACCUUCCUCAUCCAGGAAUAUUUCCGCAAGUUUAAAAAGAGGAAAGAACAAGGGCUGGUGGCCAAGGUGGCCCCCAAAACUGCCCUCUCUCUGCAGGCGGGCCUGCGGACAUUGCAUGACAUUGGUCCAGAGAUUCGGAGGGCCAUCUCUGGAGACCUGACCGUGGAGGAGGAGCUGGAUAAAGGCCUGAAGGAGCCUGUGUCGGCUGCAUCCGAGGACGAUAUCUUCAGGGUAAAGCGUACGGGUGGGUUGUUCAGCAACCACGUCAACUACUACAACCAGAGUGAUGGCCGCAGUUCCUUCCCACAGUCCUUCACUACCCAGCGUCCCUUGCACAUCAGCCAGAAGGGCUCCCCUUGCGAAGGCGAGAGCCCGUCCCACGAGAAGCUCAUGGACUCGACCACUUUCACCCCUUCCUCUUACUCUUCAUCAGGCUCCAAUGCCAACAUCAACAAUGCCAACAACACUGGCAUGGCCGGGGUGGCGACCCAGGGAAUCAGUCGAUUCCCAAGCCCGUCCAUAAGCACUGUAGACGGGCACACAGGACAGCCGCUCACCCCCAUCUUGUUGCCAAGAUCAGCGUGGUGCUUUCCUCCAAAGAGGACGUAUUUUUAUGACACCCUCAUGCGCUCGGACUCAAGUGACAGUCGUCUGCCAAUCAUCCGAAGAGGUGAGGGGUCAAUGGAGGAGACGUAUGAUGAGAGCUACGGUGAAGACAGGGAGUACCACGAGGAUGACCACUCGCUCUCCUCUGACAUGCUGGUGUAUCAUGAUGAUACAUGUAAGCAGUUGACUCCCAUGGAGGAAGGAGAGGAUGCAGAAGACAGAAGAGGAGGAGGAGGAUGGCAGUCUCCCAGGAGAGUCUUCCUCUGCCCCACUUCUCUGGGGCGGAGAUCGUCCUUCCACCUGGAGUGUCUCAGGAGACAGUCAAGGCCAGAUGUCUCCCAGAAGACGGCUGUACCGCUACACCUUGUACAUCAUCAGGCUCUGGCAGUCGCAGGGUUGAGUCCUCUGCUAAGAAGGAGUCACUCACCUACCCUCUUCAGCCGGCUAUGCUCCACGCCUCCAGCCAGUCCCACAGCCCAUGGCAGUGAUGCCUCCUACCAGCGAGUGCCCUCUCUGAGGCUAGAGGGCUCCAACUCCCAUGAAAAGCUCAAUACCAGCUUGCCCUCUGUCAACUGUGGGCCAUGGUACAGCGACAGUAAUGGGAACAGCCGGGUGCCCAGUCCUAGCCCCAGCAUGUCUGCGUCCAAUCAAAGACCGCGGCCGGUGUCGCUCACAGUGCCCUCACUACUAGGAAAAGACUCCAGCUCACUGUCUCACGGCAGCGCAGGCAGUCUCGUGGAGGCGGUGCUAAUAUCAGAGGGUUUGGGUCAUUUCGCCCAGGACCCGUCGUUCAUUGAGGCGACUAAAGCUGAGUUGGCCGACGUCUGCGACAUGACCAUCGAGGAGAUGGAGCACGCCGCCAACAACAUUCUCAAUGGCAACAGCGCCACAAACACCACAUCUAGCACCUCCUCCACCUCCCAGCACAGCGGCAACAGCAACCUCCUCCCCUUCCACGCAGCAGCAGCAACAACAACGCAGAGGGACCGAGUGGUCAGCGAGGGCGGGGGAGAGGCCGGAGGAACCAGAGGCUCCGUCCACGAGCCGUCCUCGGUGGAGGAGCGGCAGGAGCUGCUAGCAGGGGGGAGGGGACGAGAAGAGGAGGAGGAAGAGGCGGAAGGGAGGGAGGAGGGGCACCACAGAAGCUCGGUUCUGAUUGGAGGAGCGCGUCAGAGGAACAGCGGGCUGUUGGAGGACGAGGAUAUGGAGUGUGUGACGAGUUUGUAGGAGUCGGCUUGAUGGGUUCGAUCGGCCGACUGGCCCCUCUGACAUCAUCAGAGACUGACGUUUGUCAGUGCUGGGUAACAGCGCCACCGCUGGCUCUGUCUGUCCCCGCCCCUCACACACACACAGACACACAGACACACACACACACACUGUCUGCCUCUCUGCCAGACGUAACUGCUCUGGACAUUGGCGGCCAGUGACGCAACCUUAAACACCUGGUUAUGAUUUGGUGGUUUAUAUGAGUUUGUAUGUGUGAAUGUUUGUAGUAAAGUAUACCACACUAUACUCUAUACUAUCUGAGUGUAUGCUUGUGUGUGUGAUCUAUGAUUUUCUCUCUUUGUACGUGUAUGUGAGUGCGUGUGUUCUCCACACGUGUCUGAGUGUGUCUCUAAAGUGCCUCACAGUUUUAUCAUGUCCUCAAAGUGUGAAGAGCAGAAAAGUAGAGACAAGCAAAAAAAAGCCAGGGGAAAGUAGGGAUGAAGGGAAGGUAGAAAGGAAACAACAGAAGCAGGAAGUCCUUUUAUGGAUUUCCUGCAGUCGACGUAGUGUGUUUAUUGUUUUCAUUUCCUCUGCCUACUUUGGUGUUGUGUUAUCGUUGUUUGUCUGGCCGCCAUGAAGCCAGGUAGGGGACAGCAGACCAGCUUGUUGGGGGGGUCAGUUAAGGAUUAAAAUCUGACCGCACCCACUUGAGGUCAAAGGUCAACUCCUCCUUCUUGGUUCACUGAUGGUGAAGCGCUGUAUUGAGUAAACAGGGGCGGGGAAAACCCUGUUUGAAUCUCAUUUCUCUUCCUCUUCCAAAGCUAAGGAACCUUGGAGCACAGCCCUGCCAGCCUGGGGGUGGGAUUAAGGUGACAUGCCACCCCCAGCCAAGGGGGGGAAGGAUUUGAGGGAUGGACCAACAGCCACAACAGGGCUGCUGUAGGGGGCCACGGGCAGAGAGAGACACUCUCUGGCCAACAGGAAGCUAGCCAGCUCUUUUAUCUGCUGGUCAAUAAGACGCCAGCGAGAGACAAACUCACCUCGUCCGUCACCAUGGUCUGGCUUUGCCUCCUCCGCUGCUUUUCCUUGUUUGGCCACGCCCACUUCCUGCCUGAAACAGGAAAUGGGAGGAGCAUUUGGUGGCUAAGCAGAGACAGCGAGCCCCCUUUUCUGCCUCAUACCUCGCCGUUCCUCACUCCUCCCUCUCUCCUUCCUCCCUCCUCUUUGGUUAUUCCACCAUCUGUCUCCCUCCAUCGCUGGGUUUUUGCUUUUUCCGCCCUCAGGAGGUGAGUGUGUCGAACGGCGCAACAGAGAUGGAGGGUGGAGGAGAGAACGGGAGUGACCAAUUGAAAAAAAAACAGACUCUGGGCAUGGAUCUACAGAGGAUCUGUCCGUCAAUCAACCUCACUUCCGUCUCCAAGACCCUCCUCUUCCUCUCAGCAUGGAAUCCCAUUGGAUUUGCUGCCACACACUCUCUCUACAGACCACGCCCACUAUGUAUUUAACAGUUCAAUAUUGUGCAAAACUGGCUAGCCAUGACUAUUUUGUUUUAUAUUCAUGAUGUUAUUGGUUUAAUUUAUCCUUGAUUUGUUUGCACAAUCGGGGUGCUGGUCUUAUAAAUGUAUUUUUGCUCAGUUUAUUUUAGGAGAAUUUUAAGAGGUUUUAAGUAUCGAAGCAGGGCGUAGUGUUUGCGUGCGAGUGCAUAACUAUAUUUGUGCGUGCAAGUGUGUGUCUGUGUUUUAGUACAGGAUGUAUGUGUGUACGAAUGUGUGAGAUAGCGUGUAUCUAAAAGGGGGGUCUUUCUCUCUAUCAGUAUGCACCUUUUACAGAUUGUAUCUAUUUAUUUAUUUAUUUUUCCCAGAAGAGAAAAAAAUGUGUGUGAGAAUGUGCGUUUGUAUGUGUGUGUGUGCCUGUGUUCGAGUGGUUACUUAUGUAUUCUAAAAAGCUGAUUUUAAGCCUAGACAGUAAAUUAAGGUAGCAUUACAAGUAUGGUAUUGUAUGUGUGUGUGUGUGUGAGUGCGCAAGGGUGUGUGUGUGUAUGUGUGUGAUAAUGGGCCUCCUUAACACAGGGUUACCAUGGACAGGCAUGCUUCCAAAGCUUUGCGAUUUCUUUAGCACGGUUUUUACUUUUUAGCCAAGCUGCAGAGUCAGAAGCCAUUCUAUCUUUGAAAAUUAGUCAUCGCAUAACUUUUCUUCGUUUUUCUGUUUAGAGGUAGUUUUGCGUAAGGUCUCCAGCGAGGUCAGAGUGACAGUUAAGUUUACAGUGGUGACGAGUUUCGGCAUUGCAGCUUGGCCAGAAGGUAACAAGCUGUUUGGCAAUUGCUGCUUUUAUUCUUUAUGGUGGAUGGUCGCUCUGAAUGGUAGAAGCACCAAAUUCGUACUGCCACAGUGACGCCUCGUGAAUGAACUGGGGGAUGACGCCCCGAUUGCUCAGCUGUAACACACCGUAAUCACAUGAUUUCAUCAUUUAAUCGUAGUUUAAACUCCAAAUGAACUAUUAGGGCUGGUGUACAGAUGCUGCAAGACUUCUGAAUCACAUCUCUUUGUCUGAGGUCUGCUCAUAUCACAAAACAUUAUGAUUUAUUGUCAUUGUUAGAAAUAAAACAGUUCCCUGUCUGUAAUAUAAUUUACCGGUAAAGUACUGAAAAAACUAUACUACAGACAGGACAUUUACUGGUAAUUGAUAAGAUGUGAUAAUUGUUUGGUUAACGUGAUAAAUUAUUGGCUAUAGAUCAGAAAACUGUCAGCUUGGAGGGAUGUUGCGUCCUGGAUGAUACCCUGGUGUGAUUUUUGUCUUUUCAUUUUCUUGUAAUGGAUUUUAGGUAGCAUGCUGAAAAUUUUUUAUUGACCUUUCUCUAUUAUGGCACAGUUAUGGACCUCAGGCCUCCGACAUUAAACAGGGCACAGGUCUCUCUUUGGUAUUGUAUCUUCUCCAAAAAAAACAUUCCUAAUGUCAGUAUCACAUCCUUUGUACCAAUUGUCACAUUUAUUAAACGACUUUAUAGUAUUUAAAAUUGAAAUUAUUCAAUUCAGCUUUCUAAAAUGUUAUGUAACAAGUUAUGCUAGCCACUGAAAAAUUGGAAAAACAUAUGUUGUUACCACCACAAUCCCAAUGCAAAUUCAACUAGACACUAGGAAAGUAUUGAAAGUCUGUAUCUUACCAGUCCAGUGCUAGAGAGAAAAGAGAAAAAGAUUUUUCACUAAAGUCAAUUUUAUGUUAGGGUUACAGCAUUAAAAGCAGUACUUUUAAACUAUUUUAUUAGCUCUAAAACAAUCCAUAUAUGUUGCAAUAGCCUUGGACAAUUCAGGAAACUGUUGUUUCAAAAGACAAAUUCUAUAAAUUAUCUCUAAGAAAUCUCAUUUUAGACAUUGAAUCUCCCCCCGACACAUGUCAACUUAUAGCCAUUAGCUUUCACUUUAAUUUACCAUUAAGGACUAACUGCUGAGCCCUCAUGUUAAGCAGAGCAGGUUUGUGGCAGGGAAGGGUAUGCAUGAACACACUGCCAUACACUGCAUCCUGUGCCAGUAACAGACUUCUGACAUUAUUAUGCAAACUAAAUGUGAAUGUUGAACGUGUUUUUAGUGGCAGUGCUAUUGUUGUUUUGUGGUUAUGAUCAUACUGCAAACCCUGAAGAAGUCUGUGUUGUCGAAGGAAUACCCUCCCUGACAUUUAGUCUGUUGUUUUUUUUUUUUCUUAUCCAGAAUCCUGGCUUCAUAAAAUAUCUUCAACAUUUCUAUCUUUCUUUCAGUCAUUCUAAAAGCACCUCAUUAAAAUAGUUCUUUAUUGAAAUAACUUGGUACCAUAAGCUAACUACUUUACGGCUAGUGGCUCAGUGUCAGUAUAAGCUGCUGUUUUUAGUCAAACUUUAAGUCUAAAAGUUAGGAAGGCAUAUUUAGGUAUGGUCAAGCAUGUUCAUGUGUGCGCAGGGAAGCAUCUGGGUUCAGUGUUUUAACCUUCAAGUUAGCACAAUCUCACUUUGUGCAGUUUGUUUCCACACUCUGUUGGGUCAGCCCUGGUAAAGUUCAUUUAACCCUGAAUUUGAAAGACAUAAUGAGUUUCCUCCUGGUUAUUUAUGCUGAUUUACAGAUUACUACUAGGUCUAAAUUCUCAAUAAUAAAUGUAACCAGCAGGCACCUGAAUUGUAAAGUAGUAGUUUUUGCAUCCAAGCUGCUACAGAGGAGCCAGUGAAUGUGUCUGCUUUAUACCAACCAUUUUAUCAGCCAGUAUAGCAACAGCUAUGAAUGUCACUCUUUCAAGGUAGUUUUGAUAAGAAACCAUGUAAUGAAUGACAAUAGUUACUUGAAUGAAUCAAUGAAUUAUCCAACACAGAACUCUCAGACUUGACCAAGUUAAAAUUAGGAUGGGAAGAUUUCCACAAGGCUGUUUUCUAUCAUGUAUGAUCAUAGCCUUAAGAUGAAUAAUCAAUAGUCACAAAAACAUUCAUAAAUGUUAAGUAUCAUCUCCAUCUUUGAGGAUAAAAGAACAUAGAUAAUGCAUUCAGUUCAAAUCCUUUACUUUUGUGUUCCUAAUAAAUGUUCAUUUACAUAUUAUAGACACGCAUACUCAUAUAGAGUAACCCUGCAUAUCAGAAGUGCCAAACCAGGCUUUGUUGUGUCUGUUUAAAGGCUCUUUGGUUUCAAAUGCAGGUGAGAGAGAUUCAGAGGCCUGUGGUGCCCCCGUGUGGAGCAGCAUUGCCGUUUUUAUGUUAUAUAUAGGUUAGCAUGAACUAUGAGGUGUUGCGUAUAUGGUAUGAGUGGGUGUAAUCCUGCAUCCCACAAGAUAUGCAAAAACAAUGCAAUAACUAUGACUGUAUACAAGGUUCCCGAAGUAAAUAUACUUGUGAAAGUUUAAAAAAAAAUCUAUAUCAUGACAAUGUAUUUUUUUCUGUUACAUUUUUAAGUAAACUCAGUGGUUUCCAUGCCAGAGAAACCUAAUAUACUUGAAAUCAGGUACAUUGCAGUGCAGUAUAGUAACAAUGUAUUUAUUUAUCUUUCUCGUGCCAGGGUGUUGGAUCUUCAUCUGCGGUCAAAAAUGUGUAUCGGGACAGCGACAUGAAAUUGGUGUUUUUGCUCGUGGUUUAACAUCCAGCCAAUGGAGACCCAGAAUUAAAACCUGAUUAUUUAUUUUGAUGAUUCAGCAGCAACAACAACUAACUUCACCUCCCUGACUCAAUAUGUUUUUGACUGUAUCCCUUUCUCUCGUUUAUUUCCAGGUAGUUUUUAAAUGGAUUGAGCUACGUGGGUGUAACAUCAGUAUUGCAUGAGGUUCACAUGUUGACAUUGAGCGUGCCGGGUUUUGCAGUUGAUUUGUUUUUAUCAGGUUAAGUAUCAUAUCACAUUAUGAUAGAGUAGCUAUUUCUAUUUAGUGUACAUAUGAUUAAAGUCAGUAUUUCUUGGACACCAGUGGAGGGGUAUUUGGAAGGUGAUUUUGCAUAUGUUGUGUCUUAGUUCAUUUUCUGAUUCUUAACCCUGAGAAGGACAAAGCUCAUGUUUAUAUGAUUGUUGAAAGUUGAGAGAAAAAGCAAACUACAGUAUUUUUACUCAGUUUAGACAGGCGCCAUUUUUUCUUUGCCUAUGUGUUGCCAUAGUCUCUGUCUUCAACUUCUAUCUUUUCCUUGUCUGACAUGUGGAAGAUGGACCAGUGGGGAUAAUUUGUAUGAAAUGGGCCAAAUUACCCAUCAUUAGUAUUUUUUUAAAUUGGGGGACUCACAAGAUUAAAAGAAGAAUGGUAGAAAAUUGCUUAAUACUACGUUUCCCAUAAUUCAACAAAAACAUCUCUUCAAUAGAUCCUCCCGGCCCAUAUCUGUUAAACUCACUGCCCUCAAUUUUUAAUGCAGGCUUUCUGUUAAAAAAUUGUAGUCUCCACACCCAAUAUGAGAUUACCCUGAUGACAUCAUUAUGACAUCAUCAGAGUUAUUUUAUCAGAUUUGAACAAGCUCCUCCUGAGUCACAGGAGACAUUAUACAACUGUUUUCACAGGCUUGGAUGUACACCUCAUGGUGUAUUAACUGACCUUGUGUAUGUGUAAAAUCUGUGGAGUGGCCCUUUAAAACUAAUUACAGGUGGUGAUGAGACAGUUCCAGAAAGUUGUUACAAUACAACAAAUAAAAUAUUCUCUUUCAUGUCAUCUUAAAGUCACAGUUUAAUUGACAUUGGACAGCGCAUGUCUUGCAUAAUUUCCUGUUAGUAUAAAAUGGUUAAGUAUGCUGAUUUCUUUAAUAGCAAAUGUAAAACAUAUACUAUUAAGAUUGGUAUACAGUUAUACUGGUACUAGUAGUGUGUAGUAUGGAAUUGGAACACAGCAUGAGUGUAUGUUUGUCUGUCCUGCCAGGAGUAGUCAUUUUAAACAGCUGACAUUUUGACUAAUUACCUGGAAAAGCACAGGUGUAACUAAUAACCUUAAAAAUUGAUUAUUUCCAUUUUGGUGUGCCAGUAAACCAGCAGGCACCAAACCACAGCUGUGGAGCUGGAAUCACUAAAUGGAAUGUAGCCAUUAUUAAUGACAUUAGUUACACCUGUGUUUUGCAAGUCACGUUGUCCACCAUGAGAGAAGUCUAUGUUUAUGUACCUGUGGUCUCUGCCUCACCGUAGAUAGUUAUUAGCCAAUUUAUCAGGCUGCUAAUCAGGCUGAUAAGCUGCAGCUGCUGCCUCUCUGGAUCUCCACCUAAAGCUAGUUAAACUAAAACCACACCCCUCUGCCGUUCAAAUUCAAAUCAUUUCCUCAAGUGAAAGCAAGAUAGAGAGAGAAUAGACGGAUGACAAUCUAGUUGACAGUUGAUGACAAUGGGAAGCAGUGGGUGUUUGGUCUGAGUAAGAACGUUGGAUGGUGAGUAUUUUUUGGGAUUGUAUAAGAUUUUAUUUCAUCAUGUUUGAAUUUCUGGAUGAAGUUCUGACAUGGUGAAUUAUAUAUCCAAGUAAUGCUUUAUGUGUUUCUCUCUCUAGGGUUAAAAAGUACUGGUCCUAUGUGAAUGAUAAUAUCUUUUGUCUCACCACUAGCCAAUGAUUGUAUAUUUUUUAUACCCUAUACCAUUAAAUAGCAAGAUAUAUAUAUAUAACAUAUUUAAUCACUGUAAUGUUGAGUAAGGAACAGACAGGGCACCUAUUGGGGAAUGUAGUUAUCGAAAUAUUGGUUAUGAAGAUGUGUUAUAUAGGCCUACUGACUGAGGGUGAGUAUGAAUUUCUUGAACAAAGUCCCACUUUAACUGUAUUUUUGACCAAAAGGAACCAGCAGGGAAUAAUGUAGUUAUAUUAACUGAAGAAGAAACAUUGUGUGUUUGAGCUGAUGGCAUAUACACGAUGGGCUUUUAGGUCGUUUCACAACGGGCUUGGAUGAUUCCCAGACUAUGGCUUUUCAGUCCAUACAAAUAUCACUUAAUUUAAAUAUCAUUAGCUGCAGAACACAAAUAAGACCACUGAAAAUCUAUCCAUUACCAGUACUUUGACUCCAGAAGUAGGAGGUUCUUUGUUCAGCUUUUAAAGACACUAGUGUAUAGAAGUGAAUAUUGUUAACUAGCCUCAAUUUCGUGGAGUGCGCUGAAAGACAUUAACCUACCAGUAACCUGUCAGUGCAAGUCAAAAUCUGGACAUUUUCCUACUGUAGCACCGAGACACCUGUCUCUCUUUCACUAGUCCAACAUAAGCAACACACAUAUACACUGUACACUUUUUCAAAUGCAUAAUUUAAGCUAUUAAAGACAUCUAACCAAAAAAAUCCACCCAUCGAGGACUAGGUCUCUCUAUGAGCGAUGAAAAUCAUGUAGCUUCUAUUUUUUUCUUCCAAGAAAGGAAUUAGAGGACUUGAACUACAUCUGCGUAGAGAAGUUCUCAUUGAAUGCAGACAGGGAAGUAAAAGAGUUCAGCAUCUGACCAACUAAAUUAUUCUGUGUGGUUAUGCAGCAAUGAAAAAAGAUGUGUUGGAUUAUGCAUAAAUGUUGUCAGAAUUUUGUUGUGGCAGAUUUGAUCUAAAAAUGCUGAAUUUAUAUUCUGCAUCUCGACUGUGGCAGCGAUGAAAACUGUUGUUUGUGUGGAAGAGCUGCUGCUUAAUACAUCGGUAUUAAGAAAAGAUGUCAUCCAACAUGCUUUAACAAAAAUAGUAUUUUACGCACAGAUACUAUUUAAAUGUACUAGACUUGUGUGUUUAUCCUAAACUAGACACAGAUAUGUGUUACUUAUCAAUUUAUCAGAGAGAGUGAGGCUGGAAAGCAGGACUUGUGUUAGUUUUCCUGUCUUGGUCACUCAUAUUUCCUCAUGUGGAUCUACCAUCGUUGCAACAGAUGUACGUUAUAUUUUCUUGUAAACAGAAGUGUUUGUCGAUCAUUGUUUGAUCCUGACAGAAAUAUUUUAAGAGCACUAUUUUCAAUAUAGAUUUUUAUUUUCCUUUUUUCUAGGUAAAAAUCAGCAUAGCCUGUCGUAGGAAUCUAAUUCAAUCUAAUUAAAAUGAACGCUUUGGGAAAUGGAACAGAAAGUGAAAGAGAGAAUAUAUAUAUACACACACACACACACAAGUUUAUAUUGCAAGUGUCUUCUAUUUUAGAUAUUAUUAUUAUUAUUAUUAUUAUUAUUAUAUAUAUAUAUAUAUAAAAACUAUAUUUAAAUUCUAAGAUAUUAAAAGAUAGUUUGGAGCUGGACUUUGCAGAGGAUCAAAAAGAAUUUUGUUCUUUGAGGGGAAAUGCCCAGAUCAGGUUCGGAGGGGCCAUACUGUUAAACUCUACCUGUGCUGUACUUUUCUGUAUCGGACCCAGAGGACAAAUGUUUUAAUGGGUUUACCAUCAGCUGAAUGUUUCCGUGAGGUUUACAAAUCAUUAUCGAUAAGUUUCCUUCAUGUGAAAAUUUGCCUUUGUCUGUUUGUUGCCAGUGUAAAAGCAGAAUUUUAGGGAGAAGCGUGGGAUUACAAUGAUCUAAUUACAAGAUUAACGCGACAGUGGUACAUUUCAUGAAAUAAAAGUGACACAUUAUAUAGAUACUUCUAGAAUUUAGACACCUGAUGGAUUCAUUUUGAUUAAUUAUCAAGAAAUUAGGCAUCAGGCUGGGAGAUUAUUUUUUUGUGAAAAAUCACAUUCAAGGAACACAUUCACUUUACAGCCUGCAAAAUUUAAAUAAUUAGAGGUAAUUGUAUGGAUUUUGGAGAUAAACUUAUUCCAGUGUCACAAAGUUUUAAAACCAUGAUCAGUAAUAUUGCAUAUUGUGCUGCACUGGCUCAUUGUACCACUCAAACACUCAUGCAAAGGCAUGCAAAGUCUUCACCCAUCAGUCUUGGGGAAAAUUUGAUUUGUUCACUCGAGAUGGUGGUGAGGAACAAAAAUCCUGGGACUGGUGAGCCCUAAAGUGAACCAAAUAGAUGAUAUUUGAUGAUAUAGAUUUAGAAAUAACAUGUUGGAUAGUUGGAUAUAACUCACCCAUUGUGUAGCAGCACCUACAGCAGCACCCCUAUUUAGGACGACUGUUAGUAUUGUAAGGACCUCGAAAGCCUCAUUGUUUAUCACUCAUUCCUUCUCUUACUGUUAUUUGUACACUUAAUAAUAAAUCAUAAAGGGGAUCCCUGUUUGCACAUAUUAGAAUAUCACAAGUCUUGACAUAGAGAUUGCUCUUUGUGUUUCACUUUUUUGGAGAAGAACGCUGCACCCACAACCUGUUGAUUGAGGAGUUUUCUGUACCAGCUAGUGUUUCUUACAGUGUACUUUCUUCAGGAUAUUACUUCAGCUAACGACUCUCAGCUCUGGAGGCGUGGCAGCAGCUUUGCAAUGCAGACUUUCUGUCAGUGGUUCUGGUGUUAAAACCGCUCGUCCUCGGUAGAACCAUGAAUGUCUCUGCCUCCCUGCAUCUGCUAGUUCUCUCUGACUUUAGUGAUGAAGAGCUAAUUAACGUUGCACCAUGAAUGAUAGAUUUCAUCCAUUGAAUGUAGGACACAGUGAUGCUCAUACUGGUGUACUUACAUAUACAAGUAUUUGAAAGUUAGAUUUCAGCUACUGGUUUAUGGAUAUUUUCCUUUUGUUUCUUUCUCUUACUUUUUUUUUAAUGGAAGAAAAUGUUGGAAAUUUUAGCCAGCUAUCUCAGUUUUGAACACCACAGACAUAAAAGAUCUGAUUUGACCUCAAACCUUGAUUCCGCAUGGUUUCGUCUUGCUAAGAAAGCCACAUUUGAUCAGAGUUAGGAACAAACAGGUCUUGUAUGCCUGUGUGUGUGCAAGUGCAGCUAUAAUGAAGGACUUGGCCCAUCGCAGAGCAUCGGCAGUGUCAUGUACAUUAUCAGUGUUUCCUUCCAUGAGUUAUUUCUUGCUGGUGUGGAAACGCCUCUUUAACAGCAUUAACAGCAAGGGCGUUAACUAAAUUUUUUUUUUUUUAUCCAGGUGGGGUGAUCCCGGCCUUUUGCCAGCCUGGCAAGUCAAUGGCAGGGGAUCCACAGCUCCAUAUACAAUAGUGUUUAACGAAAAGCUUUUCUGUUCCUUGUUUACUGGGUAAAUGCCAGGGCUGUGUAGCUCUGUUCUCCACUGGUCAGUAGUGUCUAAUGAUCUUGUUUGUAGUCUUAGUUCACUACUCAUGCAAAGUGCUAAAGGGCCUUUGACAGGAUUGAGCUGUUUGUUUGUUUUUUGUUUUUUUUUCUGCCGGAGAGAAGUCUGUUAUUAAUCCUCAAGUUUUUAUUUUGUAUGGAGAGACGUGUUCGCACAGAGACCAAUUUGUUGUAAUAUUAGUAGUGACGCUACUGUUAAAUGUAGUAUUUAAUAACAGCACUAUUUAUGGUCAAAAAAUGAAUUAGUGUGUUAUUGUACUUGCGGUAGCUUUGGAGGCAGGUGGCCAUUUUGUAACUGGGUUCUUUAACAUAAGCCACUCCCCCUCAACUGCGAGGGAUUUCAUUGGUUCUGAGGUUGCUAAGUGACACUGGCCCAAAAUCAUUUGGUUUCCUCAGUUACCAUUUGUCUCCUUGGUGACGACUGCAUGGUCUCACAGUUGACACACCCUUUUUUUCUUCUUCUUCUGCUUCUUUCUUUUUUCUAAAGGAGAGUUCUUGAUUAUUAUUUUUUUUGUUCAUUCAUUUCAUUUUAGAUUUUAGAAAGGGAAAGAAUACAAAUCAAAUAAAUCAGAAUAUUAAUUCAAUCACUUUUUCUACUCCUAUUUUCAAUAAAAAGUGAAACGAAAAACCAAACAAAAAGUUGAUUUGUAAAUAAGUAAUGUACAGUUUGUAUCUGUAACUUGUCAGUCUGUCAUUGGUGACAGAGUCUGUCUUGCUUAUAACGCACGCUACCAGUAAAUAAAAAAAAAAAAGGAAAAAGUAUAUUUAGACUGUAUGGUCCCUUGAAAGCAAGUUUUAAAUUAAUAUCUGAUGUAUAUUCCUGUAACAUUGCAUUUUUAUCUGAGGAAUGAUGUUAUUAAAAAAUUGCAAAUAAAUUGCAUUUCCUACA